AUGACACAGUCUCUCAUCUACAUGCAGACUCGCUUGACCUCUGAAGCAGUAGAUCAUAUCAGUCUUCUGCGCGACGUUGACGGCAUCGAUUCCCUUGCAAACGAGCUCCGUCAGAGCCAGGAGAUCGAUAGCACGGCUGCAAGUCCAACCCGACAGUCACUGAAUCCGCGCAUCCAAUUUUUACGCCUCUCAGCGAUCGUCCGAGGACGCGUCGGUGUGCCUGGAGCAACACCUCCAUAUCAACCUGUUCCGCCGUCUCUGUAUCGUGCGCUGAGUCUCGAUCAGGACGAAAGCGUGGGCCAAGGGGAAGUGACCAGUCCCUCACCCUUGCGCAAUUUCGCUUCGUCGAAUUAUUCCGUCCGGUAUGAGUCACAGCGAGACGGACAUAUAACGACACGGACGGCAUUUGAAGGUUUCCCAAGACAGUUAUUCUCCAGGACCGUCAAAAUGCCUCAGACGGGGUUCCAAGCUCUGAUACUGUGCGGUCCCGGCAUCGGACUCAGCACCUUCACCAGUGUCCCUGCAGAGUAUCCCAAGGCACUUGUCGAAGUCGCGAACCGACCCAUGGUCUGGUAUGUCUUGGAUUGGUGCUAUCGGAUGGGCGUGACAGAUAUCACCCUCAUUACUCCGCCAACAUCGAAGGACACGAUUGCUGCCGCUCUUGCACAAAACCCUUACCUCACAUCUCUUCCCUCGCCCUCCGCCGACCUCCUAGCUCCAGAAUCUCUAGAGUACACAACGCCAACUGCAGAAUUACUCAGAUUGCCAGAGGUGCAGCAGGUGAUCAGGUCAGACUUCUUGGUGCUCCCGUGCGACCUGAUUUGCGACAUUUCAGGCGACCAUUUCUUGGAGUCGUACUUUACCAGGUUAGGUGGCCCUGGUGGGAUCGGUGCUAGUUCAGGCUUAGACUUUGACAUGUCACGACACGAGCUAUUAUCGCUUGGAGGUAAACAACGUGGUCGGCGCGGCGGGCUUUCGAUAUGGUACAACACGGUAGAUCGAGAGGAGAGCGUGAAGGGCGAAGAAUGCGACUUCAUGUGUACCUCCAAACUCGACCCUGAGCACAAUCUGCCUCUCUCCAAGACUGCCACGAUUCAAUCACAGGGGGUCCUUCGCAAACUAGUCUGGACGAUGCCCAUGUCCGAGCUAUGGGAUCAGUGCGAGGAGGACAAGUCAUGGAAGAUUCGGCAGUCACUCCUCCGCAAAUAUGGGGCGAUCAAGUGCAUGACCAAAUAUCGCGACUCGCACAUCUAUUUCUUUCCCUACUGGGUGAAGGAAUUCGCCAGAUUUAACGAAGACUUUGAGUCUGUUAGUGAAGAUCUCGUGGGGACGUGGGCAAAGGCUGAAUGGCGCAAACCGAGCUAUCGCGCACGAUUCGGUGCCCGGAAGAUAUUCGCACCCCGUCUCAGCUCCCAGGAGCAUGAUGUUCCUUCGCAUGAACGGCCGAUUGAGGCAGAGAUUGACUUGUUAUCCUUGAGCAGUACUCACGUCACAAACCAUCAUCAGCCCCAAUCUACAGAGACUCCACGCACAGCCCGACUGGCGUCGAGAGUACAGAGGGACUCCGAAGACAGGAUCCUCUCGGCAGACAGCGAAUCGCCGGUUUCGGAAGAAUCAGGACCUGUACCGCCCGUUCCCCCUAUUCUCUCAUACAUACUACCUUCAACUCCAGAGGCACCGUUGGUGCGCCGUGUGGACACCACCCCCCUUCUACUCUCCGUUUCGCUCUCCCUUGCCAAAUUGCCAUCGAUCGAAGAAUGUCUCGGCAGCAAAUCCGCACUUUCCCCAUUCUCCCAUCCAGCCAAAAUUCAUGCUACCGCCACGAUCGCGCCGCGGGUGACCAUCUCUCGUUCCGACACGCUCAUCGACAGCAAUAGCACAAUCGCGACGCAAUGCGUGAUCAAGAACAGCGUCAUCGGCGCCUCCGUCGCAAUCGGCACAGGAAGCCGUAUCACGGGCUGUGUUAUUAUGGAUGGCGCGACGAUUGGGGAUAAGUGUGUCCUGACAGGCACGGUGGUAGGCAAGAAGGCCAAGAUCGGCAACAAGUGCUCGUUGACGAACUGUGAGGUGCAGGACGGGAACGUUGUUGGCGAUGCUACCGAGGGAAAGGGCGAGAAAUACCUAGUUGGGGGCUUGGAGGACGAGGUGGAGGGCGAAGAGGAGAUGGGAUUUGACGAUGAAACACAGGAUGCAGAGGGUGAGGGAGAAGGUCUGAGCCUGGGGGAGCCAUGA